AUGACAUUUCUUAUUGGAAAGCCGCUGACUCUGGCCAUUACGGCUACUGCUGGCAGUGGCUUCCUUCUUUUCGGUUAUGACCAAGGUGUCAUGUCAGGUCUCCUGUCGGGAGACGCAUUCGUUCAAACAUUUCCCGAGAUUGACACCACCACGGGUGGCCAUGGUAGCUCGACUUUGCAAGGAACUGUUGUCGCCAUUUACGAGAUUGGCUGUUUUUUGGGUGCCAUUAUGGCCCUGAUCUGGGGUGAGAAGGUUGGACGUCGCAUGUGUAUCAUGGCUGGCUGUGUCAUCCUCUCAAUCGGUGCUGCCCUGCAAUGCAGUGCUUUCAGUAUCCCCCAUAUGAUCGUGGGCCGAAUUGUGGCAGGUAUUGGAAACGGACUUAACACUAGUACUAUCCCGGUUUGGCAUUCCGAACUAAGUAAGCCUGAGAGCCGAGGGAAAGGGCUCGCUAUUGAAUUGUGUAUCAAUAUUUUCGGUGUCAUGACGGCGUACUGGGUCGACUAUGGCAUGAGCUACGUCAAGAACGACGCACAGUUCCGGUUCCCUAUUGCCCUUCAGAUUCUUUUCGCUAUCAUCACUUUCAUUGGUAUCAUUGCCUUGCCCGAGUCACCUCGUUGGGACGACGCAAUCGUUAACCAAGAUGUGAGCGAAAUCACACAGGCCAUCAGGGAGGAACAGGCCGCUUCGGAAGAGAGUUCGUUCAUGAUGGUGUUCAAGAAUGGUCCCCAGAAGUUUCUGCAUCGGACACUCUUGGGAAUGGGCGGUCAGAUGAUGCAACAGUUGUCCGGUGUGAACCUGAUCACAUAUUACAAUACCGUUAUCUUCGAAAAGUCUGUCGGCAUGAGCCACAACUUGGCGCUGCUGCUGGCAGGCUUCAAUGGUGUGGCGUACUUUGUGUCAACCUUGGUCCCUAUCUGGACGAUUGAUCGGCUCGGUCGACGGAAGCUGAUGCUUUUCGCUGUAAUCGGACAAUGUGCUUGCAUGGCUAUUUUGGCUGGGACAGUGUGGGAUGGUAGUCAUGCCGCAGGUUUGGUGGCCACUGUGAUGCUAUUCCUCUUUAACUUCUUCUUUGGAGUGGGCUUGCUUGCGAUUCCAUGGCUCUUGCCUGCGGAAUACUCCCCGUUAGCCACUCGUACCCGAUCCGCUGCACUGGCUACGGCAACCAACUGGAUCUUUACAUUCUUGGUGGUGGAGAUCACCCCCGUCAGCAUUGACAACAUUGGAUAUCGCACGUAUAUCUACUUUGCAGUGUUCAACUUCUGCUUCAUCCCUCUGAUCUAUUUCUUCUACCCCGAGACGCGCAACCUCACUCUCGAACAAAUCGACCACUUAUUUACUGGCGAGAAGGUGAAGCUGCAUUGGCACGCAUCGAUGGGAGUUGCUGGCGAUGCCGAGCGUCGAGUGGGAGAGAAGGACGCAGAACUUGCUGACUUUCCAUUCCUUUCCCCGUAUCAUGAGGUUUCGUUAGUCCCUUCAAUCACCUCAAUCACAAUGACUACAAUGCCUCAGGAUACUGACUCCUUACAUCAUGCUCCCCGGAAGCGUACGCGCACCGGUUGUAUCAAUUGCAGUAGACGCAGACGAAAAUGUGACGAGUCCAAGCCAACAUGCACCGGCUGCAGACGGCGCGGUGAAAAGUGCCAAUGGCGUGUACUAGGUUCGUUCCGAGAGGCCAAUAUCAAAGUCCUCGAGCCUGGCCAUCCGUCCAUGAACCAAUCAGUUGGUCGGAAUAGUCGGCAGAGUAAAUUCAAGAUAUUGAACGUCGACCCUCCUUCGGCCCGAAAAGAGCGGGCUCGUAAAGACCAAACGCUGCCCGAGAGGGCGCCUUCUGCUCAACCCCAGCAGGAGUCGCAGCAGGAGUCUCAGGCGCCUUCACCGUUACCUGUUAGCUAUCCGGAUCAGACUCCGGCUCAAUUACCUCAGUCCGAUUUCAAUCCCUGUGAUGAUCAGGGCCUUUCCCCGUCGUUGUCGAGUAAUGCUUCCUUUUACCCGGCUGCGGAGGUCCGUAACCAUGGACGCGAUAGUGGCCGCAACGAUGAGACGACUAACGAAGUUCCCAACCACAUCCCCCAUAACGCUUCACCGAACCAUCCGUAUAUGCAUUCCAGUCCUGAAUUUGUUAUUGAUGAGCUCGCUGCAUUACGAAAUUUCUCCAAUAAUGCGGCAUCCUUCCCUCAAACUGCCCAGGAACCCUACCAAGGCAUCGCCUCGCCUCUCUUUGAUCACAGCGUCUUCUCCGACCCAGUCAACUUUACUAAUGAUGUUUUUCUCCCUGGAUCCGCCUAUGAGGCACUUCACACUACGCUGCGGAACCGACAGCUCUGGACAGCCCGACCGGACAUCCCUAGUCGGUGUAGCUCGCCAGCCUCAGUUCCAGGUUCUGGUGCGGUGACUCCAACUGAGUUGCAUCCGAGUGAAUUACAGAACUACUCAAGACCAAGACGCCCGUUCGAACUCUCACCAGCUCGGGAAAAUGUGCUGUGGCAGAACUAUCUCAAUGAAAUUUGUCUUUGGCUGGACAUGUUCGACAAUCAUCGUCACUUUGCCUCAACCUACCCUCAGAUGGCCAAGUCAUCGCCACACCUUCGCUAUUCUAUCUUGGCCUUAUCGGCCCGUCAGAUCGAGCGAAAACAGAAUCAGAAGUCCCAGUCCGAAAGCCUUUCUCUGUACCAGGAGGCAAUCCAUCUCCUCCUCCCGGAGCUAGAGAGCAAGACGACACCAGUGAUAGCAUCAUGUGUGAUUCUAUGUGUAUUGGAAAUGCUCAGCUGUAAUCCCAAAGAAUGGCGCCGACAUCUAGACGGCUGCGCCUAUCUAAUCCAGGCCGCCGAGAUCAACGGAUUCUCCGGGAAAGAAGAACAAGCACUUUUCUGGUGCUUCGCACGAAUGGACGUCUGCGGUGGCCUCAUCUCCGAAGAAGAAACAAUCAUCCCCAUCCACCACUGGAUCCCUAAGGACAUGAGUCCAGCCGAAGCAUCCCAGCACUUCCUAGCCUCCAACAUAUCCGCCUUCGACACCUACGCAAACUACACCGUGUACCUCUGCGCCCAGACACUCGGUGUUCUCUUCAAUCCCUCGUCCCAACUUCCUCCGUCCUGUGUAUCGUGUCGAUACCUAGGCAGUCCAGAUGAUAGAGACACAUACGUGCACCGGUGGAAGCGUCUCUUCGAUAGCGUCGAAGAGUGGUACGAUAAUCGGCCGAAUCAGAUGAAGUCGAUCUUUGUCAUACCGGCUACAGCGGGACCGGGGCAGGAGAGACCGUUUCCUACGGUUUUGUAUGGGAAUGGGGCUGCUAUCUCUGGGAAUCAAUUGUAUCACGCGUGUGCGUUGCUGUUACUUCAAAGGAAGCCGAAGACUCUUUCGCUUUCCCGGCGGCCGAAAUCCGUCCUCUGGCACGCCAGGCAAAUCUGUGCUAUCUCCGCUUCUAAUACCCAUCAUGGCUGCUGGACAAACGCCCUCCAACCACUCUGGCUAGCCGGCAAAGCCAUGUCACAUCACUCCGAGCACACUGCAAUCAUCGAAACCUUGACACGUAUCGAGCGUGAGACCGGUUGGGCUACAGCAUGGAGAGUUGAGGAUUUGAAGGAUUUCUGGGGAGAAGAUGACGACAUGGACGAAGUGGAGCCGAUGAGAGUAGACGCGGAGGGAGACGUGAGUCUGCAGAGUCCGCGGAGUAUCCGGAGUCUUUAA